AUGGCGGCGCCAGACGCGCCGAACUUCGCGGCUGCGGCUGCACAGGGUCCCGGCGGUGCGAAGAAGGAGGAGAAGCCGAUCAAGGAGGUGCAGAUUGAGGGGUUGGCGCUGCUGAAGAUCAUCAAGCACUGCUCCUCGAGCGUGCCGGCGUCCGUCACCGGGCAGCUCCUGGGGCUCGAUGUCGGACAGACCCUCGAGAUCACGGACUGCUUCCCGUUCCCGGGCACGGGCGAGGACGGAGGGGCCGAGGAGGAGGGCGCGAACUACCAGCUGGAGAUGAUGCGCUGUCUGCGGGAGAUCAACAUCGACAACAACACCGUGGGCUGGUACCAGAGCACGGGCGAGGGUUCGUUCCAGACCGUGGAGCUCAUCCGCACUUUCGUCGACUUCCAGGCGUCCAUCAAGCGCUGCAUCUGCGUCGUGUACGAGCCGCAGCUGCAGGAGCUCGGCCAGCUCCCCAUCCGCGCGGUGAAGCUCACCGACAAGUUCCUCAAGGUGUUCCAGGAGGGCGUGUUCACGCUGGAGAAGCUGGCGGAGACGCAGCUGUCGUGGAGCGAGGUCUUCCAGGAGGUUCCGAUCCGCAUCCACAACUCCCCCCUCGCCGUCGCUCUCAUGGCCGAGCUGGAGGCGAACGGGUCCGUCUCCCAGCUGGACGAGAACCGCCUGCAAGUGGGUGUGGGGCACUUUUUGGGGCGCAAUGUGGCCCACCUCGGGGAGCUGAUGGACGACCUGCUCGUGGAGCAGCAGAAGACGCAGAACUACCACCGCCUCGUGGCGCGGCAGCAGAUCCACAUGGACACGUUCAGGCAGCGGCGGCGACAGGAGAACCUGGAGCGGAAGGCGCGCGGGGAGGAGCCCCUGCCGGAGGAGGACCCGACGGCAUUCAAGCCCGUCGAGCAGCCCUCGCAGCUGGACAACCUGCUGAUCACCAACCAGCUCGCGGCGUACUGCGCGCAGAUGAACUCCUUCACGAGCCAAGCCCUGUCGCGGCUGCAGCUCGCAAGUCGCUUCGCGUCGGAGGAGGACGGCAAGCAGUAG